UGUAGUCCUGUAAAUGGCGCUAGAAAAUAACUCAUCAACUUUACAAAAGCGUCGACAGGACAAAGUUUCGGUCUAAAUUACGAACCAACUUGGCUAUGUCCAUGUUCAUGGAGACAGAGAAGAAUGAAGGCUAAAAAAGAACGAGGAAAGUAGAAGGUGAAAUCUACGGGGACGUAAGACAGUAAUAAGGAGGGACGACGAAGAAGGGGACGAAGACCGGGGCAUAAAAAGAGGAAAUUCGAGAGAAAAGUGAAGUAGAGAGGAGUAGGAGCUAAGAGGCGGGUCUCCUCGACUCAUUUUUCGAUCACGCGACGCAUCAUCGGCCAAGGGCCAUUAACUUUAAUGAAUUAAUCUGGAAAGUAGAGAAAGAGGGCGAGUUGUAGAGAUUUAGUUUCGAAUCACUUCAGGAGAGUGCACAUUAUUUGCUCGAUCGUACAUCAAUCCGACCUAAAAUUGGCAUGAUUUGUGGAUCUGGAUUAGGCGCGAUUACCGAUACAUUGACUCAAAAGCAAUGCUUCCCGUACGAGGAAAUUCCCCACUUUCCCACAUCGACGGUGAAGGGCCACGUCGGUCAAAUGGUCUUCGGCUACCUUCACGGUGUACCUAUCAUGUGCAUGCAAGGAAGAUUUCACUAUUACGAAGGAUAUCCGCUUUGGAAGUGUGCGAUGCCAGUUAGAGUGAUGAAGCUGAUCGGCGUAACGCAUCUUAUCGUUACAAAUGCUGCUGGCGGGCUUAAUUCAACAUAUAAUCCCGGUGAUAUUAUGUUAAUGAAGGAUCACGUAAACAUCAUGGGUUUUGCAGGGAACAAUCCUCUUCAGGGUCCCAAUGAUGACAGAUUUGGGCCCCGAUUCCUCGCCAUGAACAAGGCUUACGACAAGCAGCUCCUCGCCAUCUGCGAUGAAGUGGUCGAAGAAAUGGGAUUGCAAAACAUCACCCACAAGGGCGUCUACACGUGUCUCGGUGGGCCAAACUACGAGACCGUGGCCGAGAUGAAACUUCUUAGGGUCCUUGGUGUCGACGCGAUUGGCAUGUCGACGGUACACGAGGUAAUAACAGCGCGCCACUGCGACAUGAAGAUCGUCGCCUUUAGCCUUAUAACGAACCGCUGCGUCGACGAUUACGACGACCACACGGAGGUGAACCACGAAGAGGUCAUGGUGACUGGCAAGCGCAUGGAGGGCCUCCUUAAGGAGUUCGUCUCGCGCAUUGUCAGCCGCAUCAAAGAGACCUUCGAGGACGCGGCGAAAUAAUGGAGUCCGAGUCGCUGAAUGGGGGACCACUCACCUGGCGGCUGCGUUGUAUUUAUUUUGUGUACGCCCGGGGCAAUCGAGGGCCUCCAACGAGGGAAGUAAUCACGACCUGCGCGUGA